GGACCCUCUGAGGAGGGUUUCGUGAGCGAACCGCAAAGUUUGGGGAGAGGGGUCUGGUGGUGCCUGAGGUGGGAAUGGGGUGAUUCGGCGGAAGCUCGCUGGCCCCACACGGUGCUGUGAGGAGCAGAUGAGGGACAGCGCCUCAGUUGGGGGAACGCCUCAUUUCACAGCCCAGAAGAGCGAGGCCCCAGAAGCUGAAGUGUUUGCUAGGCGUUCGCGGGACACCCAGAUUUUGAAAUAUUUAAUAAUUCACUGGAAGUGUGAAACAGCAGGAGUAUCAAAGGGAACGUUGUUAGAACGACAGCUAAUGAUUUCCAUGGAAGCAUUAAAUUCUAAGCACCAGGCAAAUACUCUUCAUUGUGUAACAACUAUUGCUUCUGCAGGAAGCAUUUAUGAUGGUUUGGUUCUCAGGAAGUUCCUAAAAGAAAUACAAUCUAUAUUGCCUGGAUUCUCUGCAAAGCUGAAUUGGUCUUCAGAGGAACCCAGCUCUUCUCAGGACAUAUCAGGGGUAACAAGAUUCCAGAUGAUUUUUGAGGUUAAUGAAAAGCCCAGAACUUUGAUGACAGAUAGUCUGGUGAUAAAGAAUUUUUUACAUAAAAUUGUCAUGGUACACCCUAAGAUUAGAUUCAAUUUUAGUGUAAAAGUGAAUGGAGUCCUUUCCAUGGAUAUCUUUUGGACAAAGAAUGAACCCACUUUGAACCUGUCGAAUGGAAUUUCUCUUGUUAUAAGCUAUCGGCAUUAUGUGAGUAGACCAAAAUUUGGUACAGCUGAAUUACUCUGCAGCAGAAUCCAUCCUGUGUUAGGACAUCCAGUAAUACUUUUCAUCCCUGAUGACAUGGAUGACAUGGGCUUCUUGGGAGAGCUGAUACUGACUCCAGCUGCUGCUCUGUGUCCCUGCCCCAAGGUCUUUUCCAACCAGCUGAAUAGAAUUUCUUCAGUUUCCAUAUUUCUGUAUGGACCUUCAGGUCUGCCUCUGAUACUGCCAAGUCAGGAGCAGCCAAAUACUACUGUCUUCAAAGAUAUCUGUUAUUUCAUUGACUGGAAGAAAUACCACUUGUGUAUGGUGCCCAAUUUGGAUCUCAGCUUGGAUAGAGAUUUGGUGCUUCCAGAUGUGAGUUAUCAGGUGGAAUCCAGUGAGAGAGAUCAGUCUCAGAAUUUGGACUCCCAGGGACAAACUCUGCUGCUUUUUCUCUUUGUGGAUUUUCAGAGCGGAUUUCCAGUCCAGCAAACAGAACUAUGGAGAGUCUACACGUUGCUCACUGCUCAUCUCAGUACCAUCCUCACAGAGAGCCACAGUGUAGUGCAAGAUUCCAUCCAGGUUGCUGUGGACCAGGCCUUGGAGCAACAUUACCAGGCUAAGGAUCAUCAGAAAUUGCAGGCCUCACUCUCAGUGGCUGUAAAUUCCAUCAUGAGUAUCGUGACUGGAAGCACCAGCAGUAGCUUCCGAAAGAUCUGUCUCCAGACUCUUCAAGCAGCUGACACUCAAGAGUUUGGGACCAAACUGAAUAAAUCAUUUCAUGAGAUCACCUGGCAUCGAUAUCUUCCCUGCUGCUCAUGUGAGAUGAAGCAGCUACUCCCAGAGAAAAAUGCAGAGCAGAGCACAGAGGAUGCACAUGAAAACAGCAGCCCUGAGCAACUUGCAGGGACCGGCGGGCAAGUGGAAAACAAGACACUCAAAAGGGGCAGCCUGCGGCGGGGCAUGAAGGAGACGCGGACCUUCCCCUCUGCCAAGGCCUCGAGGCAGUCAGAGGCCGCCGCGUGCCGCACGGAGCCCACAGGGGCAGGGGCCUCCCCGACUUCUGGCGGGAGCAGGGAGAGUCCCGGGGGCGGCCUGGAGGUAACCGGGCGAGGGCCGCGCAGGGGAGGGAAGAAACAGCCGCUGUCGACGGGUCCUCAUCCCGGGCUCCCUUUCCUCCCGCAGGACUCGCUCUGGCUGCAGGAGGUCUCCAAUCUGUCCGAGUGGCUGAGCCCCGGCCCUGGGCCCUAAGUGCCCUCCCGGCGCUUCCACACCUGCCGGGCGGCUGUAGGGGCCGCGUGCUGUCUGUUGUUCAAUAAACCAGCUCUGCGUG